UUCGUACACAUAUCAAACAUUCGUAACUCCUGCAAGGACCACUCUUGCACUAUCAAAUUUCUCUGGCAAAAGGCAGCUCUUCCCCUUACCCAGAAAAAAACUUAAGAUGAUCAAUCAGUCUUUCUUAUCCCUCUCACUUCUUGUUUUGCUAUUCCAUUCCACCACAACCUUAGCCCAGCCAGCACUGGCGCCGGCACCUCCCGGCCCUACCAAUGUCACCAAAAUCCUUGAAAAGGCAGGCCAGUUCACGAUCUUAAUCCGCCUCUUGAAGAGCACCAAAGUGGCUGACCAAAUCAACCAGCAGCUCAACGAUUCAAACAAUGGCAUAACCUUUUUUGCUCCAACUGAUAACGCAUUUUCGAGCCUCAAAUCAGGCACUCUUAAUGGUUUAAAUGACCAACAAAAAGUCCAGCUUAUACAAUUCCAUAUCUUGCCCAACUUUCUUUCUCUGACAAACUUCCAAACUGUGAGUAAUCCAGUGCGGACACAGGCUGGAGAUACCGGCCCCGGCUUGUACCCUCUAAAUGUGACCACUUCAGGUCACCAAGUGAACAUCUCUUCUGGGCUUGUCAACACCACAGUGGGAGGUACAGUAUAUACAGAUAAUCAGCUAGCUGUUUAUCAAAUAGACUCGGUGCUUCUUCCCCAGGACAUUUUUGCUCCUAAGCCUCCGGCACCAGCCCCUGCUCCUGCCCAGCCCAAGGCUAAAACUAAGAAGAAGACGGCUUCUAGUCCUGCUGGUGCUGCCUCGGUUGAUGCAUCUGAUGCAUUGAGCCUCACCCGGCACGGUAUGCUGAUGUCCAUUGGAGUUGCCAUGAUUGCAGCACUGUCUUUGUGACAAAAGCAUCUUCAUGAUCAGUGCACCAGAUGAGUAUUCUUUCUUGGGGUCCAAGUUUCUAGUCCGGUAUGACUUUACUGAGUUGGAUUGAAUGGUCGGGAUCAAGAUCGAGUGCUUUCAAAUAAUGGCCAUAUUCGCCUGUCCCAUGUGUAUCAUGCCAGUUUGUGAUGAGAACCAAUUAAGGUUUAAAUUUUAUUUUGAUUGUUUUCUUUUAUUCCUUCAUCAUUUUUUCCCUUCAAGCUGCUUUGUAAUCAAGAAUUUUGUAUAAUUUUUAAAGAGUUGUGUCAA